AUGUCCAAGAAAGGGCGAAAUAAGGGCGAGAAGCCCGAGGCGCUCAUUGUCGCCCUUCAAGCUGCCAAUGAAGACCUCAGGACCAAGCUCACGGACAUCCAGAUAGAGCUGCAUCAAGAGAAGUCCAAGGUAUCUAAACUCGAGAGAGAGAAGACUCAAGAAGCCAAGAGGAUCCGUGAGCUGGAGCAGCGCAAGCACACGGUCCUGGUGACGGAACUCAAAGCCAAGCUCCACGAGGAGAAGAUGAAGGAGCUGCAGGCCGUGCGGGAGAAUCUCAUCAAGCAGCACGAGCAGGAGAUGGCCCGGACAGGGAAGGUGCGGGAUGGGGAGAUCCAGAGGCUCAAGUCGGCGCUGUGUGCGCUCCGGGACGGCAGCAGCGACAAAGUAAGGACAGCGCUCACCAUCGAGGCCCGCGAGGAGGCCCGGAAACUGUUUGAUGCAGAGCGCCUUAAGCUCUUGCAGGAGAUUGCGGACCUGAAAACGGCCAAGAAGCAGGUGGACGAGGCGCUAAGCAAUAUGAUACAAGCGGAUAAGAUCAAGGCUGGGGACCUCAGGAGUGAGCAUCAGUCCCACCAGGAAGCCAUCUCCAAGAUCAAGUGGGAGUCGGAGCGGGAUAUUCGGAGGCUGAUGGAUGAAAUCAAAGCCAAGGACAGGAUCAUCUUUUCUCUGGAAAAGGAACUGGAGACCCAAACAGGCUAUGUACAGAAACUCCAGCUGCAGAAGGAGGCUCUGGAUGAACAGCUCUUUCUGGUCAAGGAGGCUGAAUGUAACAUGAGCAGUCCGAAACGAGAAAUACCGGGAAGGGCAGGAGAUGGCUCUGAACACUGCAGCAGUCCUGAUUUGCGAAGAAAUCAAAAGAGAAUAGCUGAGUUGAAUGCCACUAUAAGAAAAUUAGAAGACAGGAAUACCUUGCUUGGAGAUGAACGAAAUGAGUUGUUAAAGCGUGUGCGGGAAACCGAAAAACAAUGUAAACCUCUUCUGGAAAGGAACAAGUGCCUCGCCAAGAGAAAUGAUGAACUGAUGGUGUCUUUGCAGCGCAUGGAAGAGAAACUAAAAGCCGUUACCAAGGAAAAUUCAGAAAUGAGAGAAAAAAUUACAUCCCAUCCACCCUUGAAGAAAUUAAAAUCUCUGAAUGACCUCGAUCAAGCUAAUGAAGAACAAGAGACAGAGUUUCUAAAACUUCAGGUCAUUGAGCAACAGAACAUUAUUGAUGAGCUCACAAGGGACCGGGAAAAGCUCAUUCGUAGGAGAAAGCAGAGAAGAAGUUCCAAGCCAAUUAAGAGGCCUGUUUUAGACCCAUUUAUUGGCUACGAUGAGGACUCCAUGGAUUCAGAAACAUCAUCCAUGGCCUCAUUUAGAACAGACCGAACGCCAGCUACUCCUGAUGAUGACUUGGAUGAAAGUUUAGCAGCUGAAGAAUCUGAGCUACGAUUCCGACAAUUAACAAAAGAAUACCAGGCUCUCCAAAGAGCGUAUGCCCUCCUGCAGGAGCAGACUGGAGGCAUCAUUGAUGCUGAAAGAGAAGCCAAGGCUCAAGAACAACUCCAGGCAGAGGUGCUAAGGUAUAAAGCCAAAAUUGAAGAUCUGGAAGCGACCUUGGCUCAGAAAGGGCAGGAUUCACACUGGGUAGAAGAUAAACAACUUUUCAUUAAGAGAAACCAGGAGCUUUUAGAAAAGAUAGAAAAACAAGAGGCAGAAAAUCACCGGCUCCAACAGGAACUACAGGAUGCCAGAGACCAGAAUGAGCUGCUGGAGUUUCGAAACCUAGAGCUAGAAGAAAGAGAGAGACGAUCUCCUCCAUUUAAUCUGCAAAUUCACCCAUUCUCAGAUGGUGUGAGUGCUCUACAGAUCUACUGUAUGAAAGAAGGUGUCAAGGAUGUGAACAUCCCUGAUCUUAUAAAGCAGCUUGAUAUCUUGGGUGAUAAUGGGAAUUUAAGAAAUGAAGAGCAAGUGGCUAUAAUUCAGGCCAGCACUGUGCUGUCCCUGGCAGAAAAGUGGAUCCAGCAAAUUGAAGGAGCAGAGGCUGCCCUGCACCAGAAAAUGAUGGAAUUGGAAAGUGACAUGGAACAGUUCUGCAAAAUCAAAGGCUACCUGGAGGAAGAAUUAGACUACAGGAAACAAGCUCUCGACCAAGCAUAUAUGAGAAUCCAGGAACUAGAAGCAACUUUGUACAAUGCCCUGCAGCAAGAAACUGUUAUCAAGUUUGGUGAAUUAUUAACUGAAAAACAGCAAGAGGAGCUGAGGACAGCAGUGGAAAAGUUACGGCGGCAGAUGCUGAGGAAGAGUAGAGAGUACGAUUGUCAGAUUCUUCAGGAGAGGAUGGAGCUCUUACAGCAAGCCCAUCAGAGAAUUCGUGACUUAGAAGAUAAAACAGACAUCCAGAAAAGACAGAUAAAGGACUUAGAAGAAAAGUUUCUGUUUCUAUUCUUGUUCUUCUCUCUUGCCUUUAUUCUAUGGCCUUGAUGUCAAGGUGCCUCUUACAGAGAAACCGAAAACACGGAUAAGACCGCAGAAAAGCAAAUACUUCUAAACCUUCAAAGAUGGCAGAAAUGUU